CAAUGGUGCCUAGGCUACGUUACCCACAAUGCCGCCCGUGGGCCCGCCCACACGGCCUGGUUUCCACACCUGGUUUGAGGUCUUCGGCCCCGGCUCUGGCGUCUCGGGUUGCAGAGCCUGAGGCCGGCAGUCCCACUCCCGCCGAGACCCGUCUCUCCGGUCCUGCCCCGAACUGCCCACGGCCCGCAGGGCUUCCAGUGAGUGCUGGGGUCGCGAAGACGCGGGUCCCGGCCGAAGCUUCGAUUUCGCGGCCCGCGCCAGCGCCGGGGUCUGUGCCGCGGACUCGGGCACUGCUCACCCUCCACCUGAGGGGGCCCUGAAAAAAACGCUCUUCCUGUGUCUGGCCAGAGGUAUAUAGAGAGACAGGUUCGACUCUAAGGCCUGAAAAGGAACAAGGCCCACCGGAAGCAAUGGCCACCGUCCCUGACCUCCAGCCCCUGCCAACCUUGGAGCAGGACUUGGAACAGGAUGAGAUCCUGAUUGUGAAGGUGGAGGAGGACUUCUGCUUGGAAGAGGAGCCCUCCGUGGAGUCGGAGGACCCCAGCCCUGAGACUUUCCGCCAGCUCUUCCGGCUCUUCUGCUACCAGGAGGUGGCUGGGCCCCGGGAGGCCCUGAGCCGCCUCUGGGAGCUGUGCUGCCGCUGGCUGCGGCCGGAGCUGCGCACUAAGGAGCAGAUCCUGGAGCUGCUGGUGCUGGAGCAGUUCCUGACUGUGCUGCCAGGGGAGAUCCAGGCUCGAGUGCGUGAGCAGCAGCCGGAGAGUGGUGAGGAGGCCGUGGUCCUCGUGGAAGGGCUGCAGCGGGAGCCCAGGAAACACAGGCAGCGGGGCUCAGAGCUGCUUUUUGAUGACGAGGUGCCCCUCAGAAUGGAGGGACAGUCCUUAAAACGCCAGGCAGAGGCUCAGCCAGAGGAUCUGUCCCUGGAGGAAGAGGCUCGAUGCCCCAGCCAGCAGCCCCCAGCCCAGCUGAGCCACAGGCCACAGAGGGGCCCACUGUUGUGGCCAGAGAGGGGCCCUCCGGCCCCCCGGCAUCAGGAGAUGGCGUCAGCCUCGCCCUUCCUUUCGGCCUGGUCCCAGGCGCCCGUGAACUUGGAGGACAUGGCUGUAUACCUUUCUGGGGAGGAGCCAGGAUGCCUGGACCCAGCUGAGCGGGACGUGCCGCUGGAGAAUGAAGGACUUGGGAUCCAGUUAGAGGACGGCGGUGAUGGCAGGGAGGAUGCCCCAGUGAGAAUGGAGUGGUACCGAGUGCUGUCAGCGCGAUGCCAGGGGCCUGGCCACCCACUCCCAGGUCAGAGGCCAGCCCCAGUCAGGGGCUUGGUCAGGCCUGAGCAGCCAAGAGGCGGCCCCCCACCAGGAAGAGGGGCUUCCCAUGGGACUGACAAGCCAUACACCUGCCCCGAAUGUGGCAAAGGCUUCAGCAAGACGUCUCACUUGACCAAGCACCAGCGCACACACACGGGCGAGCGGCCUUACAAGUGCCUGGUCUGUGGGAAGGGCUUUAGCGACCGCUCCAACUUCAGCACGCACCAGAGGGUGCACACGGGCGAGAAGCCCUACCCAUGCCCCGAGUGCGGGAAGCGCUUCAGCCAGAGCUCCAGCCUGGUCAUCCACCGCAGGACGCACAGCGGGGAGCGGCCCUAUGCCUGCACCCAGUGCGGGAAGCGCUUCAACAACAGCUCCCACUUCAGCGCGCACCGCCGGACGCACACAGGUGAGAAGCCCUACACCUGCCCGGCCUGUGGCAGGGGCUUCCGCCGGGGCACCGACCUGCACAAGCACCAGCGGACCCAUACGAGGGCAGGCUCUUUGCUGACGCUCCAGCCGGUGGCUCCUGGAGGCCCCGGGGCCAAGGCCUGAUCACCAUGCCUGAAACUCCCUUUCCCAGACUCUCGUCCCUGGGCACAGCAUUCAGGAAGCUGCCAGAGAGCCUGGUCCAGAAGCAUUGCCAGCUGCCUGUUUCCUUCCAUGGCCCAGUGUGAGGCCAUCAGGGGACAUUUGGGAUGCCCGGGCCGUGGAGGAAGCUGGGCACUGGGUGCAGAGCAAGGGCAAGGACAGGCUCUGUUGAGUGUCCAGUGGCAGCCAGAACAGGCGACACAGAGCAGGGGCUUCAGCCACAGAGACGCACUCAGGAGGCCAGAAGCCCACACCCAAGGUGUUCCUGAAGGGCCCGGGAGGGUCCAUCAGCUGCCUCCAGCAUCCAGUGGCUGCUGGUGUACAGCCUCAUCACCGCGUCCCUACCCCUCCCCUGUGUGUCUGUGACCCUGUGUGCCAUCUCUGUGUGUCCCUCCCCACCCACCCGACGUCCCCCGCCUUUUUUUUUUUUUUGAGACAGGGCCUUGCUCUGUCCCCCAGGCAGGAGUACAGUGCCAUGAUCAUAGCUCACUGCAGCCUCGAACCCCUGGUCUCAAGCGAUCUUCCUGCCUCAGCCUCCUGAGUAGCUGGGGUUGCAGGUGUGCGCUGCCAUGCCCAGUCUCUUUUUUGGUAGGGCCACCACUUCCUGGGUUUAGGGUCCCCCAAUCCACUGUGACCUCAUCUUAACUAAUUAAAUAGUCAAAACCCGUGUUUCCAAA